CGAUGAUCUGUCAAAAUAACUAAAAAGAAUGACAUUCGCAUUGAGAGUGAGUUGUGCAUCACAUCAGAAGACAGUAUUCCGGUUAAAUCGCAGGAUACACAUAUAAUUAAAAGUUGAAAAAAUGGACCAAUCGACCAAUGAACGAACACUUCGCGGCCACUUUGGUUACGAGGUAAUUGAUGAACCGGCAAAAGUAUACAUUCCGUAUAUCUAUCGAAAUAACGACAAAUGGAGUCCAACGUCAAUCCAUAUAUGGCAUUUUGUACAGUUUAUGAAAGGCACAUACAUAGAAUUGCGUCCGUAUCUUCAUGAUUUUGGCUUUUUAAAAGGCUACAAAAUGAACACUGAAGAAGAAAAUUUGAUGGAAGAAAUAAACUUGAUCCACAAUGAUCGAAAAUACCCGUACCAAUUCAAAACGAAGAAACAACCAAAUAAUUUGAUAAACAUUCAAGACGUUCUCAACAUUUUCCAAUAUGUACGCGAUUGCACAGAGAAAUCAAAGUUGGGCACGCAAUAUCAAAUGAAAGGUAACAUGGCCAAAAUCGAAAUACUGUCGUCCGAAUCUGAACUGCUCAUAACAAAAAGUUAUGUAUUGCCGUAUGUAACAACGGAAAACAAUCGGUAUGUUCCGUCGCAUGUAUUGUUUGACAAAAAUAUCCUACCAAAAAAAUUGCCCGUAACCAUCCUCAAAAACAUGGAUGCUAUGUAUUUGCGAUUUUUGUUGGACGUUUUGGAGCACGAGAUACCAAUGUCCAGUUUUAAAAUUCCAUGCUUGAAUCUCACCGAAUUAUUAGAGUAUUUGAAGGAAAGUGAAACCAUCCACGAUAUCGAUUAUAAUUAUUGGCCAACCAACGAUAGCAAUACCACUGUCAACAACAAUAAUCUACAUUUCGCCAAUGUCACCGAUAAAAAUACCAUGAAAACAGAAGAACCAAAAGAGAACCCGCUUAAGCGAAAAGGUUCGGAUUCAGGCAAUAUGGCAAAGCAACCUCGCAAUGAUUUGGAAUCGAAUGUCAAAGUACAAACAUCGGAGACAAUCGAAAAGCCGAUAAAAGACAAUUCGAAGGAGGUUGACAAGACACAUGUGAAAAAAGAAGCAUCGAAAAACAAUUCAUCACAAAGUACAACGUCAAGUGAUUCUUCGGAAGAAUACGAAGUCGAGGAUCUGCUUGAAUAUAGAAAGAGAUGGGGCAAAGAGGAGGUAUUGGUUCAUUGGACCGGUUAUUCGUCGGAUUACGAUUCGUGGGAACCAUUGUCACAUUUGAAUCCUAUACUAAAAGAUGAUGUUCCCGAAUUGCGUAAGAAAUGGGAAGAAAAACAACGCCAACGGCGAAAACAUUGAUAUAGUUUAAGUUGACUCAUCGUAUUACACUCAAUUUAUUUCUAAACGUAAUUAGAACUGGAAAGACAACAAUAAUCGACUGAAACUGAAUAAUUUAUAUUUAAAUCUGAAAAUAUCGAGAAAAAAAGAAUCGAUGCAAAAUGUUUAAGUUUUAAUAAUGUCACAGACAAUGAAUUUCUAAGGUUAAGAUUAAGAGCAAAACAAAAUCAAAAUGUAUCAGAAGUUAAAUUCAGUUGAAUUUUGAUGAUUCAAUUAAACAUAGAAUUUUUUUUUUGUUUCAAAGUA